CUGGCACGCCAAAAAAAUCAGUCCCGGCGCAGCAUAGCUGGCCGCAGCCGUCACAUAUCACAGGACUCGCGCCCGAACGGAACGCGCUGGAGCAACAAUGCUCAAAACCCUCCUAGCCGCCGCGCUGCUCCUCACCCUAAUAAAACUUUUGCUAUGGUGCACGGCGCCGCUGCGUUCGAGUAGAGACACGGCGCUGGACGAGGACGCAAGGGAAGCGUGGCUGAAACGGCGACCCAAAGAGCAAGUUCAGCUCAGUAUUAUCAUUCCGGCCUACGACGAGGCCGAAAGGCUGCCUCCCACGCUGCGGAUCAUGGAGUUGUAUUUAAGAAACAGAAAAAAGGACGAUGCGACGUUCACCUUCGAGAUCAUUGUGGUUGAUGAUGGGUCGAACGACGCCACGGCAUCAACAGCGGCCUCGAUCGGCGCGCAACUUUUUCCAGAAAACAAUCUGGUGGUUGUUAGACUACCAAAAAACCGGGGCAAGGGCGGCGCCGUCAAGGAGGGUGUCUUGAGGAGUCGGGGUGCCUAUGUGUUGUUGGCUGAUGCGGAUGGCGCGACGGACAUCCGGGAUCAUGCUUCAUUAGAAGCCCGAGCUUUAGCCGGCGACUGCGCCGUCGUCUGCGGCAGUAGAGCUCACUUGGUGGACACGGCCGUGGUCGCACGUAGAUCUAUGAUUAGGAAUAUUCUGAUGCGGGGCUUCCACGCGGUUGUGCAAAUUGUCGGCGGCGUCGAGGGCGUCCGGGACACGCAGUGCGGCUUCAAAUUGUUUCGGAGGAGGGAGGCGCUGGUGCUGUUCAAUCAAUUGCAUCUGGAACGGUGGGCCUUUGACGUCGAGAUCUUGUAUGUGGCUUUGGCGUUGCGGUAUCGCGUAGCAGAAGUUCCAGUGACGUGGACCGAGGUGCCGGGCUCGAAGGUCGACCUGGUGCGGGACUCGCUGCGCAUGGCGCGGGACAUCGCGUGCGUGCGCCUCGCGUAUUUGGGGGGGCUGUGGCGGCUGCCCCAGCAUCGUUAACCUUAGUGUAGUAGUAGUAUCACGUUUCCGCGGCGAUGGCGUGGUAUUCACAGUAAUACUUAAAGCACAGCACACCCCCCC